GAGAGAGACGGGGGUUUAUCGUUGUUUUCCAACUCUCGAAAAAUCUCGAUCGAGGAAUUAAUUGCUUCGUUUCAUAACCCUCCAUCCCCACCUAUCAUCUUUUUCCAUCGUUUACAUCGAAAAGUACAAAGUAAAAUUCACAAAAUAGUCAUACAAAAGAUUGCAAGUGAAUUUGAAACUAUUGCACGGAAAUUUAGUCUAUAGACACUCAUUUCCGUUAUCCUCACAUCAUCAAAUGAAGCCAUGAUCUUUUUCAGUUUAUUUGAUAUUGCACGGUUUUACAUGUGUCUAUUUUAUUUUCAUAAUUAAAUUUAUGCUUCACGUUAAUCUGUUUCUAUCGUUUACGUCAACCAUACAAAUUUUAGUGUAUUCUACUAUUUCGCAUCUUGAAGAAACAGAUAAUCGGAAAUGAUCUCCCUUCAGUCACAUAAUCAGGUGCUGUACCAUCUGACGCAAUUAACAUCAAGCAUUAAUCCUAGAUCUGUACCAUUUAUAGUAAAAGAUCAUAAAAAAAGCAAACCCAUUCAUAAAAAUGAAGAUUUUUGCCAGGACAGUUUCUCUGAGGUAGCAAAAAAUUGUAUAGAUCUGCCAAUUCUCAAAUUAAAUGUCCACAAUAUAGCAAGUAUAUGUGGAACGAAAAAAGAUAAUGCAUGGCUAAUACUUGAUAAUAUUUUUCUUAAAACGUCUUGGAAAUCUUUAAAAAUAAAUUCCAAAUGGAAUGCAUCUUAUAUAUCUGGAAUAAAUUUUACUGAAAAUAAAAAAAAUUUUCCAUGUUCACAACUUACAGAAUCUAUAAUCUUACCUGCAAUAUAUUUAUCAUCUAAACAACAGUAUAAACUAUUUCAUAAUUUAUGUAACAGAACGUUAUCAAAUUACAAUGUACAAGUACGUUCUUUUAAAACGGAACGUGAUAUAAAAGUGAUAUACAAAAGAAAUCCUUCGGUGUUCACUAGAUUGAAGGAAUGGUUUGAUUCAUUUGGUCUAGCUUCGGAUUCUUAUAAAACAACGUUUCCUAGUGAUCUUAAACCACAAGACAUAGAGUUAAUGAAAAAAAUAUUUGCCAAUAUGAAUAAUACUACAGAUGAAACAAAAAAGUCCAAAGUUGCGUUUGCAGAGGGAUAUGCUCUAGGCUUACAAGCUAAAAUGAAAAGUCGCAAAGGAUGGCUAAGAUUUUUAAAUUGGCUAGCAAUAGCAUUGUUGAUUCUAACUAUGUGCUUUCCAUUUGCCAAUCUUGGAAAUGUAUUCAGAUUUUCAUUCACUAAUAAAAGUGAAAUUGACCCAGAAGAUAUUCAUUUUACGUUCGAUGAUGUGAAAGGAGUUGAAGAAGCUAAGCAAGAAUUGAAAGAUAUAGUGGAAUUUCUUAGAGAUCCAGAAAGGUUUACUGCAUUAGGGGCAAAAUUACCUAAAGGGGUAUUAUUAGUAGGUCAACCUGGUACUGGAAAAACAAUAUUAGCUCGUGCGGUAGCUGGCGAAGCAGGAGUACCAUUUUUCCAUGCAGCAGGACCAGAAUUUGAUGAAAUUUUAGUAGGUCAAGGUGCACGUAGAGUGAGAGAUUUAUUCAAAACAGCAAAAGAAAAAGCACCAUGUGUGAUUUUUAUAGAUGAAAUUGAUUCUAUAGGUGCUACAAGAACACCUUCAGUUCUGCAUCCAUAUGCAAAUCAAACUAUUAAUCAAUUACUUUCGGAAAUGGAUGGAUUUCAUCGAAACGAAGGAGUUAUUGUACUAGGUGCUACAAAUAGACGAGAUGAUUUAGAUAAAGCAUUAUUGAGACCUGGUCGUUUCGAUGUAGAAGUUAAUGUACGAAUACCAGAUUAUAUGGGACGUAAGGAAAUCUUAGAAUUAUAUUUAGGAAGAAUUAUGACUCGUGAUAUUGACGUAGAUUAUUUAGCAAGAGGCACGACUGGUUUUACUGGAGCAGAUUUAGAAAAUAUGGUUAAUCAAGCUGCUUUACAAGCGGCAAUGCUUAAUUCGGAUUACGUAACCAUGAAACAUCUGGAAUAUGCAAAAGAUAAAGUUCUUAUGGGUCCAGAAGGAAAAUCUAAAAUUCCAGACGAAGAAACCAAUCGUAUUACGGCAUAUCAUGAAGCAGGUCAUGCAUUAGUUGGAUUAUAUACAAAAGAUGCAGAUCCACUCCAUAAAGUUACAAUUAUUCCACGAGGACCUUCUUUAGGACAUACUUCAUAUAUUCCCGAAAAAGAUAAUUAUCUUGUAACCAAAUCACAUCUACUAGCUAAAAUGGAUUGUUUGAUGGGAGGACGUGCCGCCGAGGAGUUAAUUUUUGGACCUGAUAAAAUUACAACAGGAGCAGCUUCAGAUUUUGAAAAUGCUACAAUAAUAGCAGAAACUAUGGUAAAAAAUUAUGGAAUGUCUGAUAAAGUUGGAGUAAGAUUGUAUGAUUCAAAAAAGAAUUCUGAUUAUGCUCCUAGUACUACAGAAACGAUUGAUAACGAAGUAAAAAGACUUUUACAGGAAUCAUAUGAACGUGCUAAAAAUAUAUUAAAAUUACAUUCUAAGGAACAUAAACAAUUGGGAGAUGCUUUAAUUGAAUACGAAGUAUUGGAUUCUGAUGAGAUAAAAGCAAUACUAAAUGGAAAAAAAAUUAGAACUGAAACUUCAAAUAAGAAAGCAACAAUUAUAGAUGUACCUAAUAAGAAUGUACCUAAUACGACAAAUAAGGGAAUUUUAGAUGUACCUAAUAAGAUGUAAUUAGUAAUAUUCUAAAGUAUAAUUUGUUAUCUAAAUUGAAAUGAUCUAGGCAAUGUACCAUAUUAUCCCGUGAAUAUAAUUCCUAUUUUCGAUUUCGUUAAAUAAUAGUUUUAAACGAAUUUAAAAUGAAAUCAAAUUUUAAGUUAAUAUCAAAUUAAUAAUCAUAUCUGCUUUAUAUUUCUUUUACAACGUUACAGCAUCUUUUGUAUGCAUCUUCUGUUAGAUUUUUUUUCUUGCUUUCGGUUUUUAUUAUGCUUAAUUCAUAUUCUCUUUUUUAAACUUUAUAAUUGGUAAAUAAAAUAAAAAAAAAAACGAAGUAAAAUUUAAUUAUUAAUAUAUCAAAAAAAGUAACUAAACUGAUCUUCCCAAAUAUACUUUUAUGAAUCAAUAUUCUUAUAUAUAAUUACAAAAAAAAAUAUCGAACCAAUUAUAAGGUCAAUUUUAUACUUUUAUUAAUUACAUUGCUAAUAACUAAUAUUAAUUAUUGUAUUACAUAUAAUCACAGGAUAUUGUGGUGCAUAAUGAUUGAUAACAUAGGAAGCUGUAUUAUUUGAAAUUUAUGGCUACUUUUUUAUGUUAUCAUAAAUGUGACAUAUCCGUCACUUUCAGUCUAUCUACACAAUAACUUGAUCAGAUUUAAUAACGUAAGCUUUAGCUUUUGUGUCAAGUUAUUAAUGUGUCUUGUACUAUCUUUAAUACAAUAAAAGGAAUGUACUUUUAGAACAUUACAGCAGAGAUAUAAAAUCAAUUUUACUAUAAUAUUUAAUUUUUAACGUUACUGCACUUCGCAUACACACACUUCACUUGAAAAUAUCCCUUUAAAUAGUAAUAUUAAUAUCGAACAUAAUGUACUUACCUAUAUUUACAAACAGAAACGAAUAAUAUUUAGGCCAUACAAUGUUAACAUUUUAUUUACCAUCGUAUAGAUAUUAUAAAUUAUACAAAAUUAUAUAUAUAUAUAUAUAUAGAUAUAUAUAGAUAUAGAUAUAUAUGUGUAUAUAUAUAUAUAUAUAUAUUUAUAUAUCUUAUAUUUUGUAUAUUCUCCUACCUAUUCUCUGAUACUACAGUAUAUAUGUGAAUGUUACAGAUUUAUAAUCUUGCCUAAGUUCUAUAUCUAAUACACUGUCACAUUGUGCAAAUUAUAUAAUUAUAUUGCUGGAGCCUAUUCGUUCCAGAAAUAGCUUAGCAGGUCUUUUAUAAAGAUCUACUUCGAUUUUUAAUAAAUCGUAACAAAGUUA